CGAUCUGCACACAACUCCAGCGUGCAACACACUUUCCAUCAAUCAAUCAAUUAAACUAAGCUCGCAUUCAAUCGCAGCCGCACUCCGCUAAACCCACGCCGAUCAUCCCACUCCCACCCACGCAGCUCGCUCGAUUCCCACUUCCACCAAAUCCCCUGCCUCCCCGCGCGCGCGCCUGAGAUCCAAAUCCGGCCGCCGCCCGCGAUGCCGGAGGCGGCGUCGCCGCCGCCGCUGCUCCCGCCGCCGGCCUCUGCGAGCUCCCCGGCCGCCUCCGUGCUGCGGGCUCGGCGGCGGCGCAGGGCGUGGCGCCGCCCGCGCGGGCUGCUCUGCUGGGGCGCCCUGGUCGCCUUCUUCUUCCUCAUGAACUGGUGGAUGUUCUCCCACCUCCAGGACCCCGCCACGCGCCCGCGCUUCCGCCUCCGCCGCAACCCGCCCCGCGCGACCAACUCCUCGCUCUCCACCCUGGAAGAGGUGAAUGCUACUGAAAAGGGGAAGAGGCCUCACCCGGUCAUGCUCACACGCCUGCUCGCUUUGGUGGCCCAUGCUUUGGCAGAGGCAGAUAAUAGGCCAGAACCCAAAGACCUAUGGAAAGAGCCAAUAAAUGCUACUUUGUGGAAACCUUGCUCUGACCAAAGGGAUUGGGAAGCAUCAGGCAAUAUCAGUUCAUCAGAGGGAACCAAUGGUUACAUCAUCAUCAGUGCAAAUGGUGGAAUAAACCAGCAAAGGGUAGCGAUCUGCAAUGCCGUUACCAUAUCCCGGUUGCUCAACGCAACUCUUGUCAUUCCAAAGUUCUUGUACAGUAAUGUUUGGCUGGACAAAAGCCAGUUUCGAGAUAUAUAUCAGGAGGAUUAUUUUAUCAAAUAUUUGAAACCUGAUAUUCGGAUUGUGAAGGAGCUUCCUUUGGAGUUGCAAUCGUUAGAUUUGGAGGCAAUUGGUAGCCUUGUUAAUGAUACAGAUGUCAUGAAAGAGGCAAAGCCAAGUAUAUAUGUAAAAAAGAUACUACCAAUUUUACUGAAGAACAGAGUUGUCCACUUUGUAGGAUUUGGCAACCGCUUAUCUUUUGACCCGAUACCUUUUCAACUUCAGAGAUUGCGAUGCAGAUGUAACUUUCAUGCUCUUCGUUUUGUACACAAAAUACAAGAAACUGGUGCAUUACUUGUAGAGAGAUUGCAAGGCCACAUGCCCCAUCUGUUGCCUUUGCAAGAUAAUCUUUUAGGUCAUUUUGCUGGGAAAUCCAUCCCCAGUGGGAACAGGAACGAGUCGUCCAAAUAUCUAGCAGUUCAUCUCAGAUUUGAGAUUGAUAUGGUUGCAUACUCAAUGUGUUACUUUGGUGGUGGGAAAGAUGAGGAAGAGGAAUUAGAGAUGUAUCGUCAAAUUCAUUUUCCUGCUCUGACAGAAAUCAAGAGGACAACAAAGUUGCCCUCUGCUGCUUUCUUGCGAUCUGAAGGCAAAUGCCCCCUUGCACCUGAAGAAGCUGUGCUUAUGCUCGCUGCUAUUGGUUUCAAGCGCAGGACUAGUAUAUAUAUUGCAGGUGCUGAAAUUUAUGGAGGGAGGCAUAGGAUGGCUGCCAUAAGUCGCCUUUAUCCUGCUUUAGUAACUAAAGAAACACUUCUGUCCCCAUCGGAGCUUGAACCAUUCAGAAACUUCUCAUCGCAGUUGGCAGCUCUGGACUUUAUUGCAUGUGCAUCAGCUGAUGCAUUUGCUAUGACUGACCCAGGCAGCCAGUUCUCUUCUCUUGUUCAAGGAUACCGCAUGUACUAUGGUGGUGGGGACCUUCCCACAUUAAGACCAAAUAAGCGUCGCCUAGCCAGCAUACUUGUGAAGAAUGCCACAAUAGAGUGGAAGGAAUUUGAAACAAGAGUAAACAAACUCAUACAGCAAACUAAGCAAGUCCAUGAGAGGCCAAUUGCGAGGAGCAUAUUCAGACAUCCGCGUUGUCCAGAGUGUAUGUGCAGAACAGAUAAUUGAGACAUUUUGGAAGUUUCUUGAGCUUGUAACUGUAUUAUGCAGCCAGUGGCCCAGAGCUUGUUUUGGCUCUUUGGCUGAUACCUCAACAUGAAGCACCACUGGAAUCAACUUGGAGAUUGGGUGACAAAGCUCUCACUUUAAGCUGAACAACAACCUUGCAUUCUAAAUAUGGUUCCAGCACAGCUGAUUGGGAUCAAAUUCAAUUUACUGACUGCUCUGAUCAGUUUGACAUUGCGUUGGAUUUGGAUUGUGGUAGAUCAGCAACUAAUUUUUGCAUCUGAGCUACGGUGUUGCUGCUGCCGUAUUUUUGAUAGGUCAGGCUGGGAACAGCAUUGUUACCGCGAGUGUAUUAUCUGUAUAUCUGACAGAUGGAAAAGCAACUAUAUUAUUUCUGUUCAGAGUUCAGAAGAUCUAUCAUUUGUCAACACAGGCUUCUGGCUUUGUGCGAUUGGAGCAUGCCAUAUCAAUUGUGGUUUGUCCAUCAUUUGUUGAGUCAAGUUCUCCAACUCGCUGUACAUUUUGUUCUCAUUCCUUUUCAGUGGGUAAUGUUGUACUAUACGAGCCGUACAUAUUGUAAGUUCAUACCAAAGGGCAAAGUUAGCAAUGCUGCCAUUUUGUGUAUCUAUACAUUGUGUAUCAUCAAAGUGCAGACUUGCAGUGUCGUGCUGCUGCUAUGAGGACGAUCUCCAUUCUCUUUU